CUUUCUCCUCCUGUAGACCAGGAUCACAGCUGAAACCAGACAGGUUGUACUGAGGCCUGUCUGUCAGAAUGGAAGACUUCGAUUACAGUGUCGAGAUCUGUGACCGUGACUGGGAAUGCUUCUUUGCAGAGUGCGAGGAGUGCAACCUCCUUCCUCCUUCAUUAGCAGGUGUGGAUAGCUCAGGUAUGAGUGACAUGGAUGAUACAGGGUCCAUUCUUGCGAACAGGGAUCAGAAAGAAGGCCAAACAGCAGGCUUUGUAGAGGCUGAACGAUCUAUCGAAGGUCCCCCAGACAGUGAAGGCUCUCCUGUGGAGCUUUACUUCAGCAAACACAGCAUGGGAGGAAUGGAGAGCGUCCUCUCGGGCAGUGAGGAGGAUAUACACCUGCAGUCAGUCAAUAUGUUCUUUGAAAAACUGAAAAGCCUUACAGAGGCUGAAAAAAUUACUGAGCCAAACCAAGUGGGAGCUAGAAAAAACAGAGAAGCAGCAGCACAGGAGGAGGAGCAGUGUAGUGAUGGGCAACAAGCCAGCUGCACUGGCUGUACUUUGCCAAAAAACAUCCCCAAGUUAAACUUUGUGUCUGCCAGGGGUGAAACAGUCGUUGGCAGAGAGACCGUGGAGGCUGUCAACACCAUCAGCAACAUAAACACAAUGAAAACAGAUGAGCCUCGAUCCAAAAUUUCCCCUGAACCUUCUGCCAGUAACUCAAUGCUACACACUUACAAAUCAGCUCACCCUGAAACUGAGUUAUUCAUCAGAGAGGAAGCCUGCACAGAAAACAGAGUUUAUGAGAUAAUAGAGUCAAAUGACUCACAACCGGGGAAGGUUGUCUGGUCAGAAGCAACACCUCAUUCUAACAAAGUGACAAAUUUGGAAGAGGAAAUAUGUACACCUUUGUGUGAUGUCACGCAGGAAGAUUUUUUGAGAAACCCUCUGACUCUCAUUAAAAGCCAACACACUGAUUCACCCAGAAGUCUGGAUUCAGUCACAAAGGUCAAGUGCAAGGACGACAAAAAUGAAAUCUCAGAAGUCUCAAGCAAAUUGUCAAGCCUAGAGUCAUCACCAUCUGCCUCUUUCAAAAGAAAGAGAAGAAAGAAAAGGCGACUUAGUGUUGAACCAGCAGAAAGUGGUUUUGGAAAUGAGAAAGACUCAGAAGAGGAACAGUUCUUAUGGAAAGGAAGACUGGAUCCAUGCUUGCCAGAGGAUUUUUACUUACCUUUGUUAAAAGAGCCACAAAUGAAUUAUGGCUUCACACCUCCUUUAUACACAUACUUGGUCACAAAUGGUCACCCUGUAAACGUUAAAGAAAAAAGAGUAAAAGAUCUUUCCCACUCUGUUCCUUCUUGUGACAUUCAACACCUAAAGUUUCAAGACAGUGUUUUCAAACAAGCUAGCUGGACUGAAAGUAUUACAACAGAUGACAGGUUUGCAAGCCUACAAAGUCAAAGUGAUUCCAGUGUUGUGUCAGCACAAAGCGAUGCUUGUAAUGUAGGGAUAGAUUUACAGCCAUGCAGAAAAUUAACAGUAAAAGAUGGACUGACUGAAGAUCCAUCGAUGACACUUUCAAUUUCAGACUGUGAAAGAGACAAAUCAACCCUUACCACAGAAAAGAGAGACUGUGAAAGAGAGGACACUCAUGCUGAGAGCCUCGAGCUGUCUAAUAAAAUGAAUCAUAGUUUCAUUUGUGAAAAUGAACAGUCUUGUGCAGAUGAGGUCAAAUCAGUAACUCAUACUGUUUUACCGAGUGUAGAGUUAAAUGAUCCUGAUGUGAAAGUCUGCCAGCAUGACACAGUAUCCACUGCUAAGUCUGUCAUGGGCGUGGAGACUGAAAGCUCUGGCGUAGACAACCUUUCACAGUGUCAAAGACUGGCUGAACUACAACAGCUGGAAACUGGGUGUCAUGACACAUACCAAUAUAGCUAUAUGCUGGAAAAAACUAAGCUUCACUCUGUGAAUGGUUCUGAUGUGCAACAACUGGCUAAUCACAACACAAAAACUCUUCAAAUAAAAACCAGCAAUUCUUCAUCGUAUGAGAAUGACCCCACUCAAAGUGACAGCUUGACAUCAAAUGGAGACAGUUUAUCACUUGAUAAAAACCCCUCCAGUGUAGAUAUAUUAGUGAACCAAACAGAACACCCUCCAGAUGAUCCAAAAUCAUCCAAACAAACAGAUUCAUUGGUGAAACAUGAAACACCUGAGAGAUGUGAAUUAGCAGUGGUACAAGUAAUGGGUGAGAAUCUCUUUCCAUGUAGUGAAAUGAAUCAAAUAGGUAAUGGAGAGAUACAAACAAAUCCCAAUUUCUCUGAAUCUGAAGAUUUAUCAGUAUGUCUUCCAAAUAAUUCAUUAAUAUCUUCUUGCUAUUCUCUGGAAACACAAUCUCUUGAGUCACUCUCAAAUGAAAAUAGCAAAGAUGCACUGGGAAGCCCUUGUUCUUCUCUUAGUCCAAGUGACACCAGAUGUGAAGAAAAAAAAUCACAAAUCCUCACAACAGCUGACAAAAGAGAGGAAACAUCUCAGGAUAAAGGCCAGGAUGUAUCAUAUGUCACAGAAGAAUCAAACUGUGACUUAGCUAAUGAAGUGGAAGUUUCCACAGUGAGAUCCCAAGUAGAAAAUGAACCUGUGGAUUCAAAGUGUUCAGUGUUUGCCAUGUCAUCUUUUUGGAGGGAAAUGGAGAAGCUGACAAUAAAUGAUAUUUUAGGUUUAAGAGUUAUCAACAACAAUCCCCCAAGUUCCCUCCCACCAUUACUGGAAACCGAGAAUACUGACUUGGUAAUGAUGGAUUCUGGCUGUUUCUGUCAGGUCGAUGAAUCCAAUCUAGGACAAACUAGCAUGGAAGCGUCCAUUGUCUCUGAUCCUGUUGACUCAAAUUUAAGUUCUGUUAUAGCAGUUGAUGCAUCCUCUUCAAAAAGUGUCAUGUGGGAAAGUGAACCAGUUUCAGUCAGCCUACCUGUGGGUAUUUACCCAUCGAGUAUGACUUUAACAGCUGCGAGUGACAUUUCUCAACCAGUCUUGUCUGAUGGCACUCAGAAAUCCCUUCGAAAAAUUUCAAAAAAUGUAAGUGUACAUAAUCUACGUGCCCUUGAAUCUGAGUCUUUUAGCCACAAAUAUGAAGGCCAAACUUCACAAAUUUUAGAGGAAGAGGAAUGUGCAAACUUAGAGUACGUAACUGACAAACAUGUGCCAAAACAAGACUUGAACUCUUUACCUUCAGUUUCAGCAGAAAGCUACAGAAUUUCUCUCACAGAUAUAUUUCAGUAUUUAUUCGGUGGAAAGCAGUCAAACCCCAGUCAGCCACCUACAGACAGCAUUAACAGCAGUUUCACCGAUGGAAAUUCUGUUCCUGAAACGUAUGACCAUUUCUUCUCAGAGUUUGAUACAGAUACCUUCUUCUAUCCGCUCAUCACAGCAACAGAUGAAGCCAAAGAUGAACUUGUGCCAAUCUUCUCCUACUCUCGCUCAGCAAAUAGAAACCUGCAGUUUCCUGAGGCUUAUGAUUAUUUUUUUGUCUCCUCAUCCUCUGAUGAUUCCUCUGAUGAAGAGGAUAAAAAUGACCACAGGCCUGUGAGGGUGGUAACAAGAUUGAGCCGUAAGGCAAGCGCAAGUAAGAUUUCAACAGAUGUAUAUGAUAAUUUCUUCACAGAUAGUGACCUCAAGGAGGAUUUCUUCUGGCCAAAAUCAUUCUCUUUUAGGAACAUUCAGUUAACUGGGCGUGCCAUCCAGAGGCGGAACUCAAAUUCUUUGCCUUUACCUGUAAUGCAAAAACCUCAGUCCCUUCGUAGGACUCUCACUCCCAUCAGUGCCCUGGGAAAUCAAGAUUUUGUUCCUGAUCCACUUCUCUACCACCUGGAAGAGAGGAUCUUCAAACAACUACAACAACAACCUUUCAGAUAUGAGGAUCUGCAAACAGCUGUCGCAAAUCCAAGGUUGGACUCCUCCUUCCUGCCUCUCAGACACUCUGAUAUGUGUCUAGUUUGUAUUGCAUUUGCUUCAUGGGUGCUGAAAACUGCAAACCCACAGGAUGGAGACACCUGGAAGGCUGUUCUGUUGGCAAAUGUAAGUGCCCUUUCAGCCAUCCGAUACCUGCGGAAGUAUGUCAAAGUGGAGGCAGCAGUUAGUGACAAUAAAACCAACCAUGCAGCUAAUGUCUGAAUCUUGAUAUCUGCUGCUAUUAAUAUGCUGAGUUUGAAAUGAUGAUUUUCCCAUGAAUAUAUACUAAGUUGUGAAUGGCUGAAGUAUUGUGAAAUUUGUCAUGUAAAUGUUUGAUGUGCCGCUACAAGUCAGUUUGCAAUGUGUUUGCACUGUAAUUAUGUUAUUAUCUUAGAUUUUAUUAAUUUCUGUGAAAGCUGAAAGGACAGUGGUAGGUAAUGUCAACAGAACAUUCACAUGGAUCAUGAAAUGACCAAAGCAGAGAGAGGCUGUGCAUUUACUGAAAAGAGAGUAGUGCCAGGUUUAGUCAGAAGUGCUGACUGCAGUUUUAGAUGGACAUGUGAUAACAGGUUUACUUGAGGCAUGUAGGAUGAUGUUUGAGCAAGGUUUUUUUUUCCAUUGUAUCACAUGAUUAUGGCAUAUGAUAAAUAUUUCCAUUAACACUAAUUGGAAACAUUUUAUAACAUGGAUGAGACAGUAUUUGUUGCACUGCGAACUUAAAAAAGACACAUUAAUAAGACAGCCUAAUGAAUGCAUAUUUAAUGAUUGGGACUUUUUCUGUGCCAGUGUUGUAUGAGAGACAUUUUGUUUUUCAGUAUAACCUUUUGUAUA